CCUCACCUCCCUCCAUCUCCCCAGGAGCUGCCUCGCUUCAAGGAGAUGAUCUUUGAGGAUUUCUCCCGUUUCCUUCUAGUUGAAAACCUGUAUGAGGAGGUGGUCCUGCAAUCAGUCACAAAAGACACAAUGAUGGCUGUGAAGGAAGCGGCUGUCCAGAGGAAACACAAUCUCUACAGAGACAGCAUGGUUCUGACCAACAGUGACCCAAACCUGCAUCUUCUUGAAGACACUCCUCAGGUGGACUGGGCAACAAAGUUUGGAGGUGAUGAAGUGGUGGGGUCCAUGGGCAGCAGUACCGAAGGAGUAGGUAUUGGGAGAAGACGGAGGCAGGUCGUGUCAAUGAUACAGCUGGAAGGGUUGCCUCUUCCCUAUGAGUCCUGCCUGGAGGUCCCGGGGGUUGAGCUCAUCCCUGAGGAGGAUAUUCCUGAAUCCAAAAAUGAAGAGGCAGAGGAGGAGUUGGGUCCAUCCGAGGAUCCAAAGUCCCCUGACAGUGUGGAUGAAAUCAGGGACCUGAUCAAUCCGAUGCUGGAGGUGGAGCUCCCAGAGUCAGAGGAGAAGCAGGCUGAUGUAGUCAGUGGGACAGAGAUGACCACAGGCACCAUCACCAUGGAGGACGGGGUGCAGGAGCAGGUCACACAUGUCACCACCAUUGUCGAGGACAACCCCAGGAGGUCCGUACGAGACAAGUCGUCCCCGCAGACGAUCCUACGGGAGCUAAUGGGAAGCCAGAAGGAGAGAGUCACUGAAGAGGAAGCUGCAAUUCAGAAAGCCAUCGAGGAAAUGGAGCUGGCGGUGCAGGAUGAAGAUGGCGAGCAGCCCGCCGAGGCAUCGACGGCAGGAUCCGAUAACGAUUCCCAACCACAGGCGACGGACUGUGGAUCACGCAACGACAGCGGCUUCCAGUCGCCGACCAAUGAGGGGCUAAAUGAGAGUGAGUCUGAGCCAAUCAAAAACGGCCCUAACGGAGAGGCCAAGAUGGCUGACGCUGUGCCAGUGGAACCUAUGUUCAUGUAGGAAGAUGCUUCUCUGACGCCAACAGAAAAACCACAGCAUGAACUUUUGUUUUACUCUAAGAGCGGAUCUGUCAGCUCAGCGAGCCAGAGCUCAAAUAUGACUUUAAAUCCUGCUCCGAGUCUAAUUUAUGGUCAUUUGAUCAUUGUCCUGUCUCCACGUGGAAGCAGAGGGCGCUAUAAUCAAACUAACCACAUCUUUUUCCUGCUUGUGUUUUUGUGCGGAGUUGUUUCUGAAAGCACUUCUCAUUUUUGCAAGUGGCCUCCAUGUUUCAACACAAUCAGUUUAGGAUGUUUUAAAAGGGAAAUGUUUGAUCUGUGGGGAAAGUUACCGGAAACUUUUUUUGAAAGUUUCUUUAUUGUUUUUUUAAUUCAGUUCAUUAGUUUUUAUUCUCUGCCUGUCAUCUAGAGGUUUUUUUUUUAUGAUAAAUUAUUAGGCUUUAAUGCUCGUCUUCGUGUCAAACCAUUAUUCUGGUGUGAAAGUAAAAAGAUUCGUUUUUAAGGACAGCUGACAAGAUUUAUUGUCUAUUCACUAAAAAUGGGAGAAAAAUAAGCAAACUGAUUGUAAAUAAGUACAAAAAAAUCAUUAAAUUAUUAUAAAAGGAACAUUUUAAACAAAGUAGUUUGGUACAAAGGUCCAAUUAUAUUUAUGUAAAAGUAAAACACGCUGUGAUGUGAAGGUUUAACACUAAUAAUCAUACCCUCCAUGAUUAUUUAACAAACACACAAUAACCAGGAUUUAAACUCAAGAUCACUGUUUUCUUUUAUUUAUUGUUGUGCAGCAAAACAAACCGUAGACCUUUCCUCCUACAAAAACAACAAACUGUAUUUGAGAAUGAAAUAAAACGAUUUCAACAG